AAAGCUCCUGCCAGGAUGAUCAAGGUUGUUUGCAACAACCGCCUGGGGAAGAAAGUUCACUUUAAGUGCAACACCAAUGACACCAUCGGGGACCUUAAGAACCUGAUCACUGCCCAAACUGGCACCUGUUGGAACAAGAUUGUCCUUAAAAAAUGGUACCCAAUUUUCAAGGACCAUGUGUCUCUGUGGGAUUAUGAAAUCCAUGAUGAAAUGAACCUGGAACUUUACUACCAGUAGAGAAGAAUUCCUUCUUCUGCCCUCUCCUCAUCCCACAAACUCACCUCACCCGUUGCUAUGGAUGCUUGUUUUUAAAAACUCACAUUAAUAAAGAUUUAGAUGUUAA